GGGGCCUGGGAGAAAAUAGGAUUUAAAAAUGGGGGCCUCUCCCGUACCCUAAGGUGGCUGUAACUGCUGCUUUUCUGAGGAGAGGCUCUCCUGGUUUUAGUCGCAGGGACACUCUGUCGAUGAGGAUAUUUAUGUACAUGAAGCUUAGGUUAGUUUUGGCCGUUUAGCUGAUGCUGAGGUCGGUCAGAGCAAGCCCAGAGAGUGCAGUGGUGAUGAGGGGCACUGAUGCUUUGUCCUUGUGGUGAUGAGGGGCGCCGACGCUUUGUCCUUGCCCUCCCAUAGGGUUUAUAAACGUUCCUGUGUCUUGACUGCUUUUUUUCUGGAAGUGAGGUAUAGAAGAAUAACAAUUCCUGAAUAACAGCGUUCUGAAUAACAAUUAAAAAAUCCCUGCAGACAUAAAAGUAGAAGAAUACGUGGCAAAUUCAGUGAACACAAGGGCUGUCUGCAGACAGAAGUGAACUGAUAACCUCUGCUACUUUUAAUUCCAACCAAAAUGAAGAUCCCUUCUUUACUGCUGAGAUUCCCUCACUGUUAUUUUUCUAGAAGGACUUACUUCAAGAGCUUUCACUUCAGCUCCAGAUCAGAUUUUCUGUGCACCGAAUCUCUUAUGCCAGUGCACCUGUACUAUACAAAACAGAUGUUUUCAUUAAAGGGCUUGAAGAGAGAGCUGUGUCAUAAAGCUGCUAUUGACCAGCAGAUAGAGGGACUUUCUGACAGAGAGCAAGGACUUGUAGACAAACUUUACAGUGGACUAAUACAAGGUCAUAGAGCCUGUUUAGCAGAAGCCAUUACCCUUGUAGAGUCAACUCACCACAGGAAAAAGAAAGUAGCCCAGGUGCUUCUUCAGAAGGUUUUAUCCUACCACAGGGAACAAGAAAAGUUAAAUCAAGGAAAGCCACUUGCCUUUAGAGUGGGAUUGUCUGGUCCUCCCGGUGCUGGGAAAUCAACUUUUAUAGAAUGCUUUGGGAAAAUGCUUACAGAAAGAGGACACAAAGUGUCAGUGUUAGCUGUAGAUCCUUCCUCUAGUACAAGUGGUGGUUCUCUGUUGGGUGAUAAAACACGGAUGACUGAGUUGUCAAGAGACAUGAAUGCAUACAUCAGACCAUCUCCAACCAGAGGGACAUUAGGAGGUGUAACAAGGACCACAAAUGAAGCUAUCCUGCUGUGUGAAGGAGGAGGCUAUGAUGUUGUUCUUGUGGAAACAGUAGGUGUGGGACAGUCAGAAUUUGCUGUGGCUGAUAUGGUUGAUAUGUUUAUAUUGCUGAUACCACCUGCAGGUGGAGAUGAAUUACAGGGUAUCAAACGAGGUAUAAUUGAGAUGGCAGAUCUAGUUGCUAUAAAUAAAGCUGAUGGUGAUUUAAUUGUGCCUGCACGGAGAAUACAAGCUGAAUAUGUUAGUGCUAUGAAGCUACUUCGCAAGCGAUCGAAGGUUUGGAGACCAAAGGUAAUGCGUAUCUCUGCCAAAACUGGAGAAGGCAUCUCAGAUAUGUGGGAUAAAAUGACAGAAUUUUGUGACCUCGUGCUCAUGAGUGGUGAGUUGAUUGCCAAACGACGGAAACAGCAGAAAGUGUGGAUGUGGAAUCUCAUCCAAGAAAAUAUGUUGGAACAUUUCCGAAGUCACUUGGCAGUCAAGGAUAAGAUUCCACUUUUAGAAGAAAAAGUUCUUAGUGGUGUCUUGUCUCCUGGGCUGGCAGCCGACCUACUACUGAAAGCAUUCAAAGAUGGUCUCUAAGCAUAUAUAUUCUGUUGCAUUCUUGUUAAGUGCUUUAUGUAAAUUUGAACAUUAAAUCUAGUUUUUCUA